AUGGCCACGUUUUUCGGAGAGGUGCUGUCGGUGAGUUCCCGAGCCCUGGACCUGGAGGAGGAGGACGAGGAGGAUGAAGAGGAGGAGGAUGAGGAGGACCAGAGGAUCAGGAGCGAGCUGGAGGAGAAGCGAGAAGUACGUGUGCAGUGGAGCCCCUCCCUGGGGGUGACCCCAGACCAGAGCCACAGACUGCCCUGUCCACACUUGCUGCUGGCUGUGGGACCCACCGCCUCCAGGUUCGUGUCCCUGUACUUCCUGUCCCACGAGGGCUGGGACCCAGUGGGACGUGUUCCUCUGUGGAACGAGAGGGCGGUCCACUCUGAGGACUCUGCCUGUGUCCUGCACCGGCACCGGGACAGUCAGGUGCUGGUCUGUGUGGUGGACUGCUUUGUGGCAGAGGAUCAGCUUUUCCAGUGGACAGAGCAGGUCCUGGGGAGCCUGGAUCCGUCCCAGGUCACGGUGCUGUGUGAGUGCCCAGCAGCAGAGUACCGGUCUGCACAACCUCUUGGCCCCGGUCCCUGCCUCCGCUCCCUGCAGACGUCGGCCUGUUCUGAGCCCCCCUGCUGCCCCCCCCUGGAGCUGCCCAAUCUUCUGUCCGGCCUCCCUGCUGCAGUCCUGAGUCUGUGUCAGAUGAAGGACAUCAGCGCCGCCGUGAUCCAGUGCUACAGCGACCUCCGCUCUGUCGACUCCACCGCCAUCAACACGUUCAGACCCGCUGUGGUCCGUCUGGCAGAACGCCUCAAGCUGCAGCUCCAGGUCGACCACGACGUCCUCCACAGGAUCCUCUCACACACACCUGACCCAGCACCUGAGAUCCAGAACCCAACGCCCAGGACCCAGCACCUGAGAUCCAGAACCCAACACCCAGCACCCAGGACUCAGCACCUGGGACCCAAGACACAGCACCCGGGACCCAGGAGCCAGCACCCAAGACCCAGCACCUGGGACCCAGUAUCCAGGGCCAAGGACUCACGACCCAGGACUUGGCACCCUUCUCUCAGUGAGCAGAGUGGAGAUGAGUGCAGAGGUGGAGGCGGCGGAGAGCACAGCGGAGCCCGAGCGACUCCCAAACAGUCCUCAGAGGACAUUUGCAUCAUGCAAAUGAGACGUGCAAGUCCUACCUGCCCCCACUCACCACCCAACCUGGCACCCCCUCCACACCCUCCUGUACCCAACCUGGCACCGCCUCCACACCAGCCUGUACCUAACCUGGCACCCCCUCCACACCAGCCUGUACCCAACCUGGCACCCCCUCCACACCAGCCUGUACCCAACCUGGCACCCCCUCCACACCAGCCUAUACCCAACGUGGCACCCCCCCCACUCCAGCCAGUACCCAACCUGGCACCCCGUACACACCAGCCUGUACCCAACCUGGCACCCCCUCCACACCCGACUGUAUCCAACCUGGCACCUCCUCCACACCAGCCUGUUCCCAACCUGGCACCUAAUACACACCCUCCUGUACCCGACCUGGCACCCCAGCAGAGUGGGCUGCCCUUCAGACAGAUAAAAACAGAAGACAUCAGUGAGUCCAGUCUGAAGAUAUGUCCCCUCAGUCACAGCUCUCCGGGGUCCAUGUCCGGGGGCCCUCAGCUCGCGGACCUGCCCUCUCUGCACAGCGUCCAGCAGCUGGUCCUGAUGCCCCCUGCUCACCUAGCCCCGCCCCCUCACCUGGCCACGCCCUCCUCCUUCCUGCUGUCCCAGAGCGCCGCUCACUCAGGUCUUCUCCAACAGAACCUUCUGUCUCUGCCCAACCCCACCUCCUCCAGCCUGCUGCACCAGCCGGGCCCACAGUCCAUGUCUCGCUCCAGUCUGGACGCACACAUGGAGAUGUCCCACCUGCAGAUCCCCAAACACCUGACUCUGUCCCCGCAGGACGAGCCCAGCGACCUGGAGGAGCUGGAGCAGUUCGCCAAGGCCUUCAAACAGCGGCGCAUCAAGCUGGGCUUCACUCAGUAUUGUGAUACUGAACUGAUUUUUUCCAACACCACUACUGGACCUCAUGUGUCCCUCUUGUCUCCUCAUGUGUCCCUCUUGUCUCCUCACGUGUCCAUCUUGUCUCCUCAUGUGUCCAUCUUGUCUCCUCAUGUGUCCAUCUUGUCUCCUCAUGUGUCCAUCUUGUCUCCUCAUGUGUCCCUCUUGUCUCCUCAUGUGUCCAUCUUGUCUCCUCAUGUGUCCCUCUUGUCUCCUCAUGUGUCCAUCUUGUCUCCUCAUGUGUCCAUCUUGUCUCCUCAUGUGUCCAUCUUGUCUCCUCAUGUGUCCAUCUUGUCUCCUCAUGUGUCCAUCUUGUCUCCUCAUGUGUCCAUCUUGUCUCCUCAUGUGUCCAUCUUGUCUCCUCACGUGUCCAUCUUGUCUCCUCAUGUGUCCCUCUUGUCUCCUCAUGUGUCCAUCUUGUCUCCUCAUGUGUCCCUCUUGUCUCCUCAUGUGUCCAUCUUGUCUCCUCAUGUGUCCAUCUUGUCUCCUCAUGUGUCCAUCUUGUCUCCUCAUGUGUCCAUCUUGUCUCCUUAUGUGUCCCUCUUGUCUCCUCAUGUGUCCAUCUUGUCUCCUCACGUGUCCAUCUUGUCUCCUCAUGUGUCCCUCUUGUCUCCUCAUGUGUCCAUCUUGUCUCCUCAUGUGUCCAUCUUGUCUCCUUAUGUGUCCCUCUUGUCUCCUCAUGUGUCCAUCUUGUCUCCUCACGUGUCCAUCUUGUCUCCUCAUGUGUCCCUCUUGUCUCCUCAUGUGUCCAUCUUGUCUCCUCACGUGUCCAUCUUGUCUCCUCAUGUGUCCAUCUUGUCUCCUCACGUGUCCAUCUUGUCUCCUCAUGUGUCCAUCUUGUCUCCUCAUGUGUCCAUCUUGUCUCCUCACGUGUCCAUCUUGUCUCCUCAUGUGUCCAUCUUGUCUCCUCACGUGUCCAUCUUGUCUCCUCAUGUGUCCCUCUUGUCUCCUCAUGUGUCCAUCUUGUCUCCUCACGUGUCCAUCUUGUCUCCUCACGUGUCCAUCUUGUCUCCUCAUGUGUCCCUCUUGUCUCCUCAUGUGUCCAUCUUGUCUCCUCAUGUGUCCAUCUUGUCUCCUUAUGUGUCCCUCUUGUCUCCUCAUGUGUCCAUCUUGUCUCCUCACGUGUCCAUCUUGUCUCCUCAUGUGUCCCUCUUGUCUCCUCAUGUGUCCAUCUUGUCUCCUCACGUGUCCAUCUUGUCUCCUCAUGUGUCCAUCUUGUCUCCUCACGUGUCCAUCUUGUCUCCUCAUGUGUCCAUCUUGUCUCCUCAUGUGUCCCUCUUGUCUCCUCAUGUGUCCAUCUUGUCUCCUCACGUGUCCAUCUUGUCUCCUCACGUGUCCAUCUUGUCUCCUCAUGUGUCCCUCUUGUCUCCUCAUGUGUCCAUCUUGUCUCCUCACGUGUCCAUCUUGUCUCCUCACGUGUCCAUCUUGUCUCCUCAUGUGUCCAUCUUGUCUCCUCACGGGGACGUGGGCCUGGCGAUGGGGAAGCUUUAUGGGAACGACUUCAGCCAAACAACGAUCUCUCGCUUUGAGGCUCUGAACCUGAGCUUUAAGAACAUGUGCAAACUCAAGCCUCUGCUGGAGAAGUGGCUCAGCGACGCAGAGAACUUGCCCUCAGAGUCCCUGAGCGCCCCCUCCCCCCUGCCCCCCCUGAUGGAGGGCUACGGACGCAAACGCAAGAAACGCACCAGCAUCGAGACCAACGUCAGACAAAGCCUGGACAACCGCUUCCGAGAAAAUCCCAAACCUAACUCUGAGGAGAUCUCUCUGAUCUCGGAGCAGCUGUCGAUGGAGAAGGAGGUGGUGAGGGUCUGGUUCUGCAACAGGAGGCAGAAGGAGAAGAGGAUCUACAGCCCCACCUCCUCUCUGCCAGUCAAGCACUACGGCUCCAGGAUGAGCGGAGCGCCACGGUCCUACAGCCCCCUAGGCUCCAGUGCAGUGUCUUCCAGUUCGUCUCCCUCGAGUCCUGGAGGAGGAGGUUCCCCCCCUUCCUCUGUCAGCUCCCAGGUCCACAGCUCCAGUGGGUCUUGGUACCGCACCUGGAAUCCAUCUUACCAUCACUGA